AAAAAAUGGAUUUAUGGCUUUUACCUAAAGUUUUAAUUGUACAAUUAAAACGUUUUAAUUAUAAUCGUUAUUUUCGUGAUAAAAUUGAUUUAUUAAUUGAUUGUCCACGACAUAAUUUGGAUCUAUCACAAUUUGUUGUAAACCCAGCUGAAAAAGUGAAAGCAAAAUAUGACUUGAUUGUUGUUAGUAAUCAUAUGGGUGGUUUAGGUGAUGGACAUUAUACAACACAUGCGAAAAAUUCUAUUGAUAAAAAGUGGCAUACAUUUGAUGAUUCAAAAGUAUUAGAUGUUAAUGAAGAUGAUGUUAUCAGUAAAGCAGCUUAUAUACUUGUUUAUCAACAACAAUAA